AUGGAGACCGCCAAGCUCAACCCCAUCAUCCGGGAUGUCUACGCGGCCGCUGGCCGUGUCCAGCAAGCCCCGGCUGCCGCCUCGGCGCGGAGGGGCAGCGGCUGCCGAGAGCUCAUGGUCAAGCUGACGGAGGGGCAGUACGUGCUGUGCCGCUGGACCGACGGGCUCUAUUACCUCGGAAAGAUCAAAAGGGUGAGCGGCUCCAAGCAGAGCUGCCUCGUCACGUUUGAGGACAACUCCAAGUACUGGGUCCUCUGGAAGGACAUCCAGCAUGCCGGCGUCCCCGGGGAGGAACCCAAGUGCAACAUCUGCCUGGGAAAGACGUCGGGCCCCAUGAACGAAAUCCUCAUCUGCGGGAAGUGCGGGCUGGGUUAUCACCAGCAGUGCCACGUCCCGGUGGCGAGCGGCGGCGAGGGUCCGCUGGGAACGCCGUGGUUCUGCCGCCGCUGCAUAUUCGCCCUGGCUGUGCGGAAGGGGGGGGCCCUGAAGAAGGGAGCCAUCGCCAAGACGCUGCAAGCCGUCAAGAUGGUGCUGUCCUACAACCCCGACCUGCUCGAGUGGGACUCCCCGCACCGGACCAACCAACAGCAAUGCUACUGCUACUGCGGGGGCCCCGGCGAGUGGUACCUGAAGAUGCUGCAGUGCUACCGCUGCCGGCAGUGGUUCCAUGAAGCCUGCACCCAGUGCCUCAACGACCCCAUGAUGUUCGGAGACCGGUUCUAUGUGUUUUUCUGCUCCGUAUGCAACCAGGGACCUGAAUACAUCAAGCGCCUGCCCUUGAGAUGGGUGGAUGUCGUCCAUCUCGCCCUCUACAACCUGGGCGUACAGAGCAAGAAGAAGUACUUCGACUUUGAGGAGAUCUUGGCCUUCGUGAACCACCACUGGGAUCCGCUGCAGCUCGGGAAGCUGACGGGCACCCCAAUCUCUGAGCGCGGCCCCCACCUCCUCAAUGCACUCAACAGCUAUAAAAGCAGGUUUCUGUGUGGGAAAGAAAUCAAAAAGAAGAAAUGCAUCUUUCGCCUGCGGAUCCGCGUCCCACCGAACCCCCCCAGCAAGGUGCUGCCAGAGAAAGCCCCCGGCGUGGGCGAGAGCAGCUCCUGCGAGCUGAAGAAGAGGGGAAAAAGCAAAUAUGUCCAUAAAGACAGCCUGCUGCCGCGGCAGCUCCAGCAGCAGAAGCGGCGAGCGGCACGGCGCAAGAGGGCCAAGUUCCUGCUGGAGGACGCCAUUCCCAGCAGCGACUUCACCUCCGCCUGGAGCACCAACCACCACCUGGCCAGCAUCUUUGACUUCACACUGGAUGAAAUUCAGAGCCUGAAAAGUGCCAGCUCGGGACAGACGUUCCUAUCGGACGUGGACUCCACAGAUGCCGCCAGCACCUCGGGCUCGGCCACCACGAGCCUCUCCUACGAGUCCAGGUGA